AUCCGGGGUCGUAUUUCCUUUUCCUCUGUGCCUAGAUGCGAUGAGGAGCUAGGUUCGGCUGAACCUGUCUAAAAUCCGAAUCCAUCCUUGUAAAAGGCACCACCGAACCUCCCCAAAAUGACUGAGCAGAUGACAGUAAGGGGGACCCUGAAGGGGCAUAGUGGAUGGGUCACACAGAUCGCCACUACACCUCAAUACCCCGACAUGAUUCUGUCGGCGUCCCGAGACAAAUCUAUCAUCAUGUGGAAACUGACCCGUGAUGAGACCAACUAUGGCAUCCCCCAGCGCUCCCUGAAGGGCCACUCUCACUUUGUAAGUGAUGUUGUGAUUUCCUCUGAUGGACAGUUUGCCCUGUCAGGAGCCUGGGAUGGAACCCUCCGCCUGUGGGACCUCACCACAGGGCUCACCACCCGCCAAUUUGUUGGACACACCAAGGAUGUUUUGAGCGUGGCCUUCUCUGCUGAUAACCGCCAGAUCGUGUCUGGCUCUCGGGACAAGACCAUCAAGCUGUGGAACACUCUCGGCGUUUGCAAGUACACCAUUCAGGAUGAAGGCCAUACUGAGUGGGUGUCUUGUGUUCGCUUUUCUCCAAACAGCAGCAACCCCAUUAUUGUCUCCUGCGGCUGGGACAAGAUGGUCAAGGUGUGGAACCUGGCGAACUGCAAGCUGAAGACUAACCACAUCGGCCACACUGGCUACCUGAACACGGUGACCGUAUCUCCUGACGGCUCCUUGUGUGCAUCCGGUGGAAAGGACGGCCAGGCUAUGCUUUGGGAUCUGAACGAGGGCAAGCACCUGUACACCCUGGACAGCGGCGAUGUCAUCAAUGCCCUUUGCUUCAGCCCCAACCGCUACUGGCUUUGUGCCGCCACUGGCCCUAGCAUCAAGAUCUGGGAUCUGGAAGGGAAAAUCAUUGUGGAUGAGCUGAGACAGGAAGUGAUCAGCACAAACAGCAAAGCCGAGCCCCCACAGUGCACCUCUCUGGCAUGGUCUGCUGAUGGACAGACCCUGUUUGCUGGUUACACCGAUAACCUGAUCAGAGUGUGGCAGGUCACCAUUGGAACCCGAUAAGAAUCCAUCGCUGCAUCGACUUUAAAUAAAAAGACUGUUUGAAAA